AUGACGCAAAAUGAUCUUGUCAACGGCGGCGCCUGCAAGCCCAUGACCAUCCUUUUUGCGCGUGGCACCACGGAACAAGGCAAUAUGGGCACGGUUGCCGGCCCACCAUUCGUAUCCGCAGUAGGGAAGAUGAUGGGCGGCGCCACCAAUGUAGCCGUCCAGGGUAUUGAGUAUCCCGCCGACGUUCCGGGGUUUCUGGCGGGUGGCGAUAAGGCAGGCAGUACGUUAAUGGCACAGAUGGUCGGGCAAGUCAGAACGAAGUGUCCUGACACGUCGUUGGUCAUAGCGGGAUACUCGCAAGGUGGACAGCUUGUACACAACGCUGCGGAUAUGCUCAGUGCUGAUGAUGCGACUUUCGUCCAGAGCGCUGUGAUCUUUGGCGAUCCAGAUAACGGUGACGCAGUCGGCAAGGUUUCUGCGGCGAAAACAAAAGUCAUCUGCCACACUGGAGACCUGAUAUGUGCGGGACAAUCGGUGAUUCUUGCACCACAUCUGACAUACGGCACGAAUGCCGAUGAGGCUGCGGCGUUUGUGAUGUCGAAUGUGGCAGCAAAAAGUGCCAAAGCCGCUGCUGUUGGCAGCAAAGCUACUCCGAAGGCCACGAAAAGAGAUACCAUGAUAGCAAAACGCUUUGUAUCGUAA